GUUCUCUUUACUUCACUUUGGUCACACACUACUAUUACUAUUUUUGAUGCGAAGUAGUUUAAAUGAGACGAGGCAAGUGCAUUAUUCGAUGUAAUCAGCAAUGGGUGAAAUUCAGGUUUCAUUUGCGUUCUUAUCUUCAAGGACUGUUGAUUACUGCUGCAAUGCUGGCUCGAGUGCUGACUUGAGUAGCUCGGCAUCGCAAUUUAGAAUUCCGGAAGUCUCUAGCAGACGAGUUGCCCUUGUGAAGCUGUUAGACUUUGAGAGUGGCUGCUCGCGUGCUUUCCGUGCGUCGUGUUCAGAAACCGCUGAUGUUGGCGCCGUUUUUGACGCACUGAGACGAAGCGAAAAUUCUAAUGCUGUUGAAUUUGUUGGCUUCGAAUUGAUGUCGUUUUUUCCUGGUAAUUAUACUCAUUUAAAUGUUUCACGAGUGCUUUCUCCGCAUGAUCCAAUUCCUGAUUUUUUCUCAUGUCAGCGAGUGCGGCUCGGGCAGCGUCUCAAAUUUUCGGUGACGAGAUGGCUUGUGAUCAAUACGUUUGUUUGCAGCAACGAUGGGGAGCUGUUUGUUGGUCACGUACCCUUUCUUGUCCCUCUAACAGCUGAGGACGUUAGUAAAGCCUCAAUUCUCUCAGCGGUAGCUCGGAUUCUCAAUCUGAAUACAGAAUGCGAAGCACUUCUGCGCAACUGCAUUGUUCUCGCGUGCACCAACGAUGGACGGAAGAUUACGAUCGAUGAACCGCUGCAAGACGGCUGCGGUGCGGACCAGAUUUCAAUAGUGUACAACGCUGCGGACAUCGGCGACAUUGUUGUGGUGUCUGCGCAGUGGCACGCCAGUUCUCACAAAGGUCCAGCUCCCAUCAUACAAGGUGUGGUGACGCGUCGUUUUGUGCAAGACGGCAUGCUUUUAUUUGAUGUUAAGGAAAUGGAUACUGCUGUCGUGAUGGAGCGACUGAGCUGUACACAGCUUGUCCCUUUAUAG